AAAAUUUCUGGCAACUCAUCUUUUGGCCCGUGCGAAAGUGAUCGAAAUUUAUUGGCAAAGGCCGGCGGCGCUGUUGCGGUGCACCGGCUUGAAGGUGGUCUGCGUUUUCCGGAAUAACUUAACAAGCGCACCUUUUCUUCUGCUUGAGGAGAAUGGGCCUCAAUGAAUGAAGUAAAUCUCGUGUGAUGCCGAUUCGCCGAGCGGUAGCGACUCCGACCCAGGAGAAGACCCCCUCCGCUGCAGCAGAGAAAGAGCCCGAAGCCACCUCAGAGGAAUCUCCUUCCGCUGACGAGGAGCAGGCCGCAUCUUCAGCGGCGACGGCCGAGGGCAAGGCCGCCAGCGAGACGGAGCCCACAGAGAAUGGAGAGAAGGCGGACGAGGGAGCCGCGGCCGAGAAGGGAGAAGAGGGGACGGAGAAGAAAGAUGACAAAUGCAAGGACUGCGCGGCUGGACAGUGCGCAACACACUGCUAUGUUCUCCUACUAAGGUUGAAGGAUGGCUACAAGUAUGAGAAAGCCAAAGUCAAGAAGGUGAAAAGGACUAUUCCUGCGUGGGCUAGCGUCACCGCGAGCAAAAAGCUUCCCGUUACCAACUUCGCAGGCACUCAGCACAGAGUGGAUAAUAUCCUCAUCGAAGCCGUAACGUCUUGUAACGAUAGAUCCGGGGUUUCGUACCAGUCCGUUAUGAAAUAUAUUGUGAAGAACUACCCCGGGAUGGAGCUUGAUAAGAAGAAGUUCCUCAUCAAGAAAUCAAUGAAGAAACAUUUGGAGAAGGGUACGAUCAAACAGCUGAAGGGUAAAGGCCUCUCAGGAACCUUCACCAUUGGGAAGCAGUCCACCUCGUCUAAGAAAGCUGCUCAGAAGCAGGAGUCUCUGGGAGAUGCUCUGCCUCUCAUCAUCACUCGGCUCUGUGAGCCCAAAGAGGCCUCCUACAACCUGAUCAAGAAAUACCUAGAGCAGCACUUCCCCAGUCUCAACAUCGAGAGCAGGCCAGAUGUCCUUAAGACAGCUCUGGUAAAGGCAGUAGAGAAAGGACAGCUGGAGCAAAUCACUGGGAAAGGAGCCAGAGGGACUUUCCAGCUGAAGCGUACCGGCAACCAGGUCCUGCUGAAAGGCGGCGCCUUGGAGGACGCCAUCACAGCCGCCAUCACAGCCAUGAACGAACCUAAAACCUGCAGCACCACCACUCUACGCAAAUACCUAGUAGACGCCAACAAGGAUAGAAAGGAGUAUCAGUUAGUGGCCAAUCUGAGGAGGACCCUGACAAAGUGUAAAGUACUCGGCUGGAUGGAGCAGAUCACUGGUCAUGGCUUCACAGGGACCUACCAGCUCUCGUUCCCCUUCUACCCGAGCCCCACUAUCCUGUACCCAGACAAGUUCAAAGAGCCUCCGAAGACGAACCAUCCACCGAAGCGGAAGCAGAUGAUCGAGUCUUCUGACGAGGAAGAGUCUGAAGACGACGAGGAGGAGUCAGAGGACGAAGCUCCUUCCCGUAAGAGGAAAUCGCAGAAGAGGCCUCCACCCAAGGCUCGCCGUCCUCCACCAACCAAGAAAUCUCGGAGCGUCAGCCAGUCAAAAGCUAAAGGCAAGGGACGUGCUCUGGCAAAGAAAUCCCCGGCCAAGAAAGCUGCGUCUUCAGCCAAGAGAACGGCGAGAAGAGAGUCUAAGAAGGAAUCCACACCGCCGCCUAAAGCCACGCCCGUUAAGAGAGGAGCUCCAGCGAGAAAGCCCAAAACACCAGCCGUCAAAAAGCUGAGCAAAAGCGGGUCCAAGCGACCAGCGUCUAGAGAGUCAUCCCCAGAGGAGCCCGCAGUCACAAGGGAGACGGGGAGGAGCCUUUCUAAGAGAUCAAAGCCCGAGGAGUUGUCCCCAGAGGAGCCCGCAGUUAAAAAACAAGCGACCAAAGGCGGGUCCAGACGGUCCGAGCCUGAAGAGUCCUCCUCCGAAGAGCCCGUAGUCGGAAAAGGUGGGAAGAGAAGCAAGCAGUCCACUCGCAAGUCCAUGAGAGGGAAAAACUGAGCCCAGGAGCGCCUUCCAUAAAACUGGGACGCUCUGAAUAUGCAGCAGUCUGCCGCUUUAUUUCAGUGCCCUCUCUCUCUCUCUCUUUUUAUCUUUUUUUUUUUUCUUCUCCCUUUUUAACGGGGCAAGUAGUUUUGUUUUUUUUAUUUCUAUUGUAGAAAUAAGAACGAUAUCCUACCAGUUAAGUUUACUGUACAUUGAGAGUAUCUGAAUAUCCUUUUUAAACACCAUGUGUAGAAAAGUUCAGUUAGUGUUGCCGUUUAAAACAGAUGUGUGACCAACUGCCAGGUUGGCAGCAUAGCAAGAUCCGACAUACUGUUAUUAGAGCCAUGUAGUGACUUCUGUUUUUAUAACUCUUCCUCAUCCACUCUUUAAGUGUUGGCAGCACACAUUCCUUAAUAUCAAAUGAAGUGAGAUAUCAGUGUUUUCGAGGGUUGAAAAGACUGUGUCCUUUUUAAGUUAAAAACGGUGGGUUUAAAUUUGAACUGAUACUAAUAUUAUUAAUCUUUUAUGAAACACAGAUUUUAAGGGUGUUGUCCUGUGUGUCCUGGGUAUAAAUUACCAUAUUUUUUGCCAUGCAGUUCUGCAUUAGAAUCUGAAUUGUUAUUCACAUUUGUCUUUUUAUAUAUAAUCCCAUAUUUGUUUAUUUGAUAACAAAAAAAAAAAACAAUUGCCCCUAGAAAAGAUUAGGUCUGUGACAGGUUGAGGACUUAACAGAGGAUAAAACACUAUGUUAGUAUUCAUUCAAGAACAAGUCAAAAAUGUCUUUUGAUAUGUGUGUUAACAAGCAUAUACAUACAUUGAUUUUAUUGCUGCACAGCUGUAAUUCAGUACCAAACUCAGAAAUGUGUGUUGUGAAUAAGAAAAAGGAGGAUAAAAGCUCAUACAUACCCUGCAUGCAUGUAUUCCUUGUGUUGUUAAGCUUUUUUUCCAAGUCAUUAAUAAAAUGGCUAUAUUUGUA